AUGCGUUUGCGGCCACGUGUGCUUCUCCUGUGGAUCGCGCUGUUCACUCUGGCCUUCUACUUCGGUCGAUUUUACACGCUGACGUCCCUGCCUCCGUCGUUGUUGUACGUCUAACUAGUUUCUCCAUAUCGCUUUCUAUCUUUCCCUACAUUACGGCCAGAUGAUCAGAGUGGAUUUUUUGUCAGUUAAAAUCGAAAAACAACAAAUCGCCUUCAUUUCCUAACCACUGUGUUUGAAGGACAGGAUAUUGGUGUCAGUAGAAGUGUCAGUUUUUCGAAUUAUUCAAAUAACAAUGAGCUAAAUUUUUAACAGCGCAUCGAGUUGAAAUCCCCCCUGGUAAAAACAGAUUCAACUAAUACGACAUGGUUUGAAAUUAAAAUUAAGUGGAUAGGCAGAUUUAACUGUGACCAGUACACAGGCACUUUCGAGGGCCUGGGGAAUCCCUGCACACGGCCUUAUUCUGUUAAAUCAACAGAGCCUAACCUCGAGAUUUUCGAAACUGUCGACUCUUUUAGGCUGCUGAACGUUAAUUGCGAACGGAGGCUUGUCUUUAUAAGGUAGGCGGCCCAUGAAUUCUUCCGUUUUUCGCGACGGUGAUAGUUAGAUUGGCGUAUUUUAGUAGUAGUAGUAGUAGUAGUAGUAGUAGUAGUAGUAGUAGUAGUAGUAGUAGUAGUAGUAGUAGUAGUAGUAGUAGUAGUAGUAGUAGUAGUAGUAGUAGUAGUAGUAGUAGUAGUAGUAGUAGUAGUAGUAGUAGUAGUAGUAGUAGUAGUAGUAGGCUUUAAUUACGGCAGCAACUUUUUCACAACCUGCCACCUAGCACUGUUAUUUUCCACGGGCACUCAUUAUGAUCAAAGUCGGAAAAAUGUCCGCCGUCAGUCGUUGUUACCAAUGGUGUGCUUUGUGACUACGCCUUUGAGUAUCCCGCAUCCUGCCUAGCUGGGUUCGUUACUGAACUACGCACACUUUGGAACUGCCUGGAAGUGGCGAUAGUAAGGGCAGUCGCGGAAACUUCGAUGAGACUUACGCAGUGGUUUUUAUUACUCUUCGUCUUAUCUUUUCUCAUGUGGACGGACGGAAAGAUAACCGAUCUCAUCUCCUGAACUUGCUUACUAGCUUUAAGAAACCAGGGCCCAUACAACAGAAAUGCCGUUGUAUCUGGCGCCUUUUACCGCGCAGUCCUCGUAUCGCACCAGAACAGGGUGAGAGGGAAGUUGCAAAACACUUCUGAAACUGGAGAAGUACGAAACCCCGCUCCUCAGAAGAGAGACGUAACUUGACUAACGGUCCAAGCUGGGGAGGCUCUCGAACGGGACAAUAAGAAUCAUUAUCCUAAGGAUGGGGGAAUUGACGCUCGAAUUGAAUCAUAAUGGAUGGGGAGGAGUUGCGCAAAAGUAUUUCCACUCUCCUCUCAAACGUAUUUUUUGUUGAUAAGGCGGGGUUAAAACGACUGCGUAGUCAUUUAGACACGUCGCUGAUUUGGUGUAAAGUAACCAUCGAUGCAUCUCACAGCCUGAUCAGCUCCUCUCUCGUAACUGAACCAGGCUUUACUCACCAAUCCACCGUCCUUAGAGGGAUGCAUCGAAGAAGCCUAACCUGGUUUCACCUGCCAGUCGAAGCGGUUCUGGUUUCUGUGUUCAGCACAGCAUCUGCCGAUGGAGCUGACUACCAGGAGUGGUUUACUUGGAAGAACUGACUCGUACAGUUUGGCCUUUGAUGCGAUUGCAAAUUCAUCAAAGUGAGUAUUCCUACCUAAGUAUCCCAUGCAACCUCAAGUUAGGUUAUAAUUUUUAGGACAUACAUCAUCACCUUCACCAUCUUUCCCUGGCCUCCUCGAUUUUGGUUGUAGGUUGUCAGUCGACGUUACUGUCUCAGCGGCUCACUGGCAACCUGCGCCUUAGUGUGAUUGUAGAGAGGAGACUUGUGCAGCGCCUAUCUCACUUCUCUCCUGCAUCCACUAUAUCCCAGUGGAAUUGCGCAGUUGAAACAAGCGCGUGAGGCUGCUGGCUGAUGGCGCCCGUCCAGGCUUCGGAAAGAGUUUAAAUUUCCCCUUGGAGAGGGUUGCUAUGUGGACCACGUUUAGACGGAUCGGUUGCGACCUGACCUCGAAGAAUUUGAUUAUCCCGUUAACUGGCAGCCUUCAGAGCUACAAAUUUUAACGCUAUUGGAUAGUUUCAAGUACAUUGGAUUUUUCCUUAGAAGGGGAAUACGCCCUAUACCCGUAUGACAUUGACCUCUCUCUCUACUCACCUGAACCCUCUAGCAAUGGGAACCCAAGGUAAACUGGCUGGAGCUGAGAUUGGACGUACAGUAGGUAGGCUAACUCAUGAAAUGUCAACCGAAAUUCCCAAAUUCGUUUUCGUUAUGAAAUGGUGAAUUAAGUAGGUUUUUAAAACAAAUCAUCCUUCAGCCUAAUUCUAUAAUAAAUCAGUUACCUCGGGACGUCGGCUUUCGAACAAACUUCCUUCCGGCUGCAUGCAAAAACUAUACUCUGUGAAAUACGACUACUUAAGUAGCGUGCAUUUUUCUCAUUGAUUUCCCACGCGCCUAAAUAUUUAACCAUAUUUCAUAGCAACCAUUAUAAAAAUAUUCAUUCCUUUGCUUAUUCGGUGGAAGAUUACGUAUUCCGUUUUUAUGUUCAAAGGAAGGGUGUAAUUCGGUUUUAAAAAAGUUUCUAAUUGUGAAAUUUCUUAAUACCGUGAAAUGACCGUUCAUAGAACGUCAUGUCUUUGCAUUUACCAAUGUGACUUACAAAGUUAACAAUAUGGUUCAAAUCCACUGCUAAAUUUUAUGAGCCCCAUAUGGUGUCCUCUUAAUUCUGUAGAGAAAUGCAUGGUUUUCCGUACGCGGAAAAUAUAGGGUUUGUAGUUUGUAAACCCUGAAUUCAAGUGUAACGGCAAGUCGGGUUCAAAAUUAUUCGGGAAUUAGAAAAGUUUUUGAAAACCGACUUAUACCCAUCCUUCUUGUGUAAAAUUGAAAGACGUACGCUUCCACUGAAUAAGCCAAAGAAUGAAUAUUUUUAUGUCUGGUUCCUAUGAAAUACAGUUGAAUUUUUAGGGGCAUCGAAAAACAAUGAGAAAAAUGCAUGCUUCCUAGAAAGUCAUUUUUACGGAGUAUACUUUUUCAAUGCAACCGGAAAGAAGUUUGUUCGAAAGCCGACGUCCUGAGGUAACUGACUUAUUACAGAAUUAGGCUGUAUGAUGAGUAGUUUUACAAACCUACUUAAUUAAUCUUUUCGAAACGAAAACGAUUUUGGGAAUUUCGGUUGACAUUUCAUGAGUUAGCCCACCUACUGUUAUGUGCCACAAACAAUAGUCGACCAUUUUGGUGACCCGAUGAUGCCUAACUAUUUUUUUUUUCUCAUUUCAAACUCGCUAACUUCAUCAAGUCAUGUUUGUUGAUUCCGACCUCGAGUCGAAGAUAUUGGUGAUCAACAAACACCUCUUUUAUUUUAUAUUCAUAUAAGGCUGAGAAAGUGAUUUCUUCCAAAAGUGUCUUUAAAAUUAUCUACAAGGUUCUUCUAUGUCUUUAUCUUCUAUCUCAAGUGUCCACAUCUGUGCGAGCGUAGGAUUGGAUUCUUUUGGAUACUUUGUAAUUCGAGUUUUAACUGGAGUGUAGUGAGGCUCUCCUUGCAUAGAAGAACUCGGCUCCGCCUGCAAGCUCUACCUGUCGGAAAUUUCCUCACCAACAAGUCUAUCAAGAGGCUUUGCAAGAUUCAAGCAUUUCUGUGCUCAUCGCGAAAACACCUUCAUGGAAUUCUUUUUUUCCGCAUCCUCGCCCUCCUGCCUACUAACACGCGCAAUGAUACUUCCAUGUUUUUACACAGAUCAAUUAAGAAGGAUCCAUUACCGCAAACGCUCGGUAGACCCGAACUUCAACCCCCAACAACACCGCCAGACGGGUUCAGUGUGCAACCUCUAACCUGCUUGAUAAAUGGCCACCGUGCUAGCGGCUGCUUCCUCCUCAAUAACUCCAGCCCUCUCGUGAGCUUUGACCUCAUUAAGGACUGGUAUGAGGUGCGAUGUUUUCCUCGCCUUUUGAAGGACAUCCUAUGCUUUUUCCCGUUUUUUUCGAAAGCGGAUCGACUAUUGUUUAGCUCCCCUAGUUUCUUUAAAGUUAUCGGUCAUUUUCGCGUUUUCUGAAUAUCAGCUGUUUCUUAAAAGAGUUUGGUCCCCCUAUGAAAGCCUUCCCUAAAAUUUUCGACCGUCGGACAGGAAUUCCUGGCACAAAUGAAUCCCUCGCAUUCGGUCCGCCAAUCAGGCAAGGUCUAUUAACCCCACCCCCACUUGAUCUGGCAUAUUCACGAUCGCAGCUGACAGAAAUAGACCAGUCAUUGAACUAGUGGGUCGUUGUUCCUAAGAAAUCAAUCGCUAAUUCGGAGUAAAUCAGUUUGAACUAAAACCUUUAGGUGCAGACCGGAAUUUGAUGCAUGAAUAUUUGGACCGAAUUCCUUCAACCACAGCGGGCUAACCGCGUAAUAUUCAUCAAACUGCCAACAGGUAGCUAGUAGUAUGUAUUGGGUUUACAGGAUACCAUACUGGCAGCACAAGUAAUAACAAGAAGCCCAGACACACGUUUCGCCGAUAUUCUAUCGCUGCGGGGGGGGGGGGGUUCGGCUCAUCAGUGGAUCCCCCAGCAUUUCCCGUGUGCAUUCUGGUAGAUACUCCAGUGUAGAAAUUACAACUUUUUUGAUUUCCUCGUACUGAAGUCGGGUUUUAGUCUUGAGAUAUUGCAGGCUGGAAUUGCGGUAGGAUUGCCUGUUGACGACAGAUAAUCUCCCAAAUGAUCAUUCCAAACCUCCGUGUCUUUGCCUGCAAUAUUUCAGGCUUGUUUACCGCUCGUCAUUAUGCGACUGCCUGCAGAGACCGCAGUGGACAUUAAUCAUUUUUCAAAAUCCCUGGAGCUUACUGUAAGCCUCCAGCUACCUUCGAAGCGUAUUUCCUUUGACCAAAUAAAAUAUACCAACGAACUUCGAGGGCAACUUACAUCCCCGAAAUCCGUCAGGCUUUUUUGCCCAGUCAACCCUAUAACUUGCCGGCGCGGCGAUUACUUAUCCUCUGUCUGCUCCACACAUCUUGAGCCGAACGAAAGUGACUUGGUGGAUAGGUACUGAAAUUUCCGAGUGUCGGGGUAGAUCCUCGUGGUUUACUUAGUCUGUGUUUUCUCGCCCUUUUAAUGCUGUCCACCGGCCGUUGUGGUCUGCCGAAUGUCGAACAUGAAGCGUAGCAGAGAGUAUGGUCAGCUGAAAUCAUGGCGAAGCAUCCCGCGCAUAAAGGGAGUCUCCGAGACCUUUGCCGGAUCCCUCACGCGACUCGAAAUAGGAGUUAUUCACAGGCCUGAUUUAGCCAUUCGUCGACAAGUGCUUCGGUCAGAUGACCCUAUCCCUAGGCAGGAGAAGUCAGCCGUUGUCUGCCAGCUUCAGUGCAGCUGCGGGGUGUGCAGUUAGGUUGGAGAGACCGGUCGAUAGCUGCAAGCGCGAAUGUACGAGUAUCAGUUGGCCGUGCGAAGGUUUGACCCAAAGUCGGAGGUAGCAAUUCAUGCCGAGCAGCUGGGGCACAUCUUCAACUUUGAGGCCGUGGAGAUCGUGCGACGGCGCGAUGAUCACACAUCAAGACGGAUGCAAGAAGCCUGAGUGUUCACCGACUGCUCAGUCAACCACCUCGCCAAUUUGCCUCCCCCCCCUGCCCUUCAUCGGGUUUUACGAUCCACCUUGACAGCAGAUGGUGACAGUGCGCAACAGUCUCGGCCGCAAAUCAUCGCCACGACGAGGAUAACACAGCCAACGGUGGAAAGAGUUUCAGAUGCGCAUUGGCGGGGUGCGCAUCAAGAAGAAUACGCCAUAUAUCGAGAGCUGUGCACAAAACUCUUCAGUCUCUGAAGAUGGGUAGGCGGAAUCACUACUCGAAACCUCAGACCCCAAAUAAACCUCUCACAGUGAACGUCUCUUUUCCUUUUGCGCCCGCUCCAUUCAACUGAGAUUUUGAUACAACUCUUGAGCUCAUUGGGGAAAGUGACAACCCCGAACACUUUCACUGGGUUCGCCUUUUAAUUAAAUUACUUUGUGAAACCACGUCUUCUGGAUCUGCCAAAUGCUUUGUCACGGCAGUGGAUCAACUACGACCUCAGAUCCCUUGUGACUCAGUUGGUUACUCCGGGCCAUUCUAGCACCCAUAUCCGUGCCCCCAUAUGGAUCCAGUCAGGCUUCUGUUUUCAAUAAGUGCAUUCGCUGCAGCCGACGUGAACCACAACUGUUUUAGAGAAGACACGGUGGUGACUUGUGCGUAAGCGAAGCCCCACGCACCGCGUUCUAGUGAUAAGACGGAGUCAAGGCAACUGGAGCUAUGGACAGACGCGGUGGCUGAUGACACCAAGACUGCAUCUACGCGUGCCGCAUGCCUGCUGAGCUCCAUACGCACCAAUUAAUCUUUAAUGAAUGGGGCUAGAUCUCACAUAUUUGGGGGCGCCAUGAAUACUGCCUCAAGCAUGGUUCAUCGUAACCUGCCCCCUCCUCCCUCCAGUCCUCAGAAGGAGCAAGUUAACCCGUUAGUUGCCAGCCUUUAGGGCCGCUAGUUUUAGGGCACCAGGACAGUUUGAAGGCCUGUUUCGUUGGCAAUCAUGCGGAAAAUGAACGCUAUACUCUAGUCAGACUGAUCUCCCUCUUCCCACACCAACCAUGCUCUGGUCGCAAGUCCGAGUCCAACCGUUUGAAGCGUGUUUGACCGUAGUGGCUUGGAGCCGCACGCAAAUAUUCACGCGUGAUGCGUCGGCCGUCAUUGUCGACCUCGGAAAAUUAUACGGCAUGCUUUUUUAUGACCGUUUGGUUAUGUCUUAACUACCUCCAUAUGCGCAUAUAACUGGGUAGGAUAAUAUGAUGCCUGAUUGUGAAGCAACCAAUAGGUGGGCAAACUUGUGAAAUGUCAACCGAAAUUCCGAAAUGAAUUUUCGUUUCAAAAACAUAAGUUUAGGAGGAUUGUAAAACUAAUCAUCGUGUAGCGUAAUUCUACAAUAAUUCAGUUACCUCAGGAUAUCGGCUUUCGAACAAACUUCUUUCCGGCUUCAUGCAAAAAUUAUACUCUGUAAAAAAUGACUACUUAUGUAGCAUGCAUUUUUCACAUUGAUUUUCGAUGCCCUUAAACAUUCAAUUAUAUUUCAUAGAAAACAUGCAUAAAAGUAUUCGUUCUUUUCCUCAUUCCGUUUUUGUGCUCAAGGCAAGGAUAUAAUUCGGUUUUAAAAAGUUUCUAACUGUGAGAUUUUUAAUACCGUGGCUGUUCCAUCUAAAAUUUCUCGCAUCGCUGAGCACCCCAAUAUAGCUGCCGCAUUCAGCCACUACUGGGGCAACUUGAUUCUAAUCUACUACAGAUCAAGGAUCCAAGUCCGAAUGAAUGACGAGGAAAGGGACUUCAUAAGUGUCACCUGUGUUCAUUGUGAGCUGUGUCCCUCCGCCAACAUUGUCCAAUUAUGUGAAAAAAUGCGUUCUCCUACAGAUGUUGGGGGACCAUUCUGGCCUUAUAGUAGGUCAUCGUCUGUUUCUUAUUGGUCCUGAUCGAGGCUCUGGCUUUUUACUGUCGGGGACCCCCCUCCCCCCCUCCUCUAAGGCAAAGCGGCUUGCUGUGCCCCUGACGAGCGCCAAGGCGGUCCAAAUAGAUAUAAAGUUAACUUCUUCAAAACUACAGUAAGCGCCUCCCUUUCUGAAAUAGGUCAGCAUUGGGACCUGUGGAUGCUAUUAUUCGCCUCCUGCUACCUUCAAAUGCAUCUGACAGUUAGGCUUCAUUUCUUUCAUGUAGGCUGUUGGCCAUGUAGAACUGGCCAAUCGGACUCUCUUAUGGAAGCAAACGGACGACAGGUGUCCUCAGUUCGACGACCAGCCAUACGACCCCAGUGGGACAUACCUGGAAUUUGCGGGCGUAAACACAGAGGCACGCCGACAUGUCAUGCUCAUCUCUGCGGACUCCAGUGAGUUUCCGUCGUUUAUCUUUGAAAGACUUUACUUUUGCUGCCUUCAGCGCUCCUCUCACGAACUAAUUACCAAGGUAUAUAGCACUUCUUUUGUGAAUGUGAAACUAUAAAUUGGGCAGGCGUCGGCUGUUCGUUGACAGGAGGGCGUCCGAUAUUAGUUGAAUCUACUCAAAGUUACAUGUAUGGUGAGCUAUUUCUGCGUGCUGGCUGGAAUUUAGGCCCUCACGCUCGUCAUCUCUGUCACAGUCUCCGCACGCUUCAACGUCGUCACGUUGAUGUUCGCCUUCGGCCUUCUUACAUAUCCAUUCCCGCCGACCAAUCAGCGUUCCCCCUGACGUCUAUACUCCCUGUCCAUGCAAGGACCUGUCGAACGUACGCACACACUUGCUGUUUGUUCGAACUGCCCAGCAACUCUUUUACAAAGAAUAAAAGGUAAGAUGUAGUUUGGUAGCCCCACGUGAUUGACACAAUACUGUUGGGCUAAGGUUAAGAGUUAGGGUUAGGAGUUAGAGUUAGGGGCUAUGGUUGGGGGUUAUGGUUAGGGGUUAGGGUUUGGGAUUAGGGGGUUAGGGUUAGGGCUUAGCACAACUAUUUCUCACCCAUUCAAAGUACAACCGUGCAUUGCCAAUAGCUUUUCUUUUGCAUACAACUACUGGACCUUGUCUCCUGUGCGUCCCCCGGCCCCACCUGUAAAAAACCCUAUUAUCACCAGUCCCUUAUUAGAGGUGACUAGGCUUCGCUUACUUCAGGUGGGGCUACCAAACCGCAUCCGAUCGAAUAAAACUUCUCUUGUCGCCGGUCCUUUCAUCGCGAAAGUUUCCUUAACCCUUGUCAAGACUGACAACAAUAUCUCGAUCCUUGUAGUGAGUAUUUUGUGGCGAUUGAAGGACUGAUACUCAGACUUCAAGGACCCCUCAGUGUGGUAUUUAAGGCACUUUCACGCGUGCGAAAUCCGAGUCACUCUUGCCGCACACUUGCACAUUUUGUGGGACCGCGUCGUGCGUGGCACGCGUAGACGAAAUGUUUAGCUUUAUCAGUCACUGCGCCCAAACCCCACUUCUGGUCGUCCCGACAUUGCUUUUGUCUUCGGAGCAGCGUGGGUAGGGUAGGAGAGAGAGCGCGGUAGACGCUGCGCAAGCCAUCGGUGUCGUGCUCACUCUGUGGGGCACCCCAUGGACGUCGUUGUUUGCGACUGUCGACUUAUCACUAAAGUGAUCCUGACCCUAGAUCUUGACGGUUAGGAUGUCCGGAUUUCUUUCACCGCCACUUUCAACAUGCCACAUGGUACGGAUUUUUGAUUUCCAUAUAAGUUGGGCAAUUUUUUUUCCAAGUGGCUGACAGCGACCUAUUUCUGUUAGUCCUUUUGGAAGAGAUUGGGUCUGCUUGCAUUCUAGUAUUCGGAAGAAUGCAGUAAUUUAGGGCUGCAAACAGUUCAGUUAGUCCAGACGCGUGUUUCGCCUAUCAUGUGCCGCUGCCUGACGCAGCUACGAGGAACUCGGCCCAUCAGUGGACCGCCUGUCGUUCCCAACGUACUUUCUGGUAUACAUCCAAGUUUCCAGUGUUGAGUUGUUUAAUUUCCUCAGAAUCAAUGCAUUAACUCAGACUGACCCCUUCAGGACAAACCCGCUCAUGCCCGCCCAAAAAGUUUGAAUUAACAUUUGAGCUAAAACUCAUCGGCUUCUGGGGGAUAACCGCCUGAUAUUCGCAGUCUACCGACAGACAGUCAGUAGUAUUGAAUGAUUCACCAUGGUGCCAACACAGGUGCUAUCUAGAGGCCUAGACACCUUUUUGCCGAUUUUGAACCACUACACGACGCAGCUGAGAGGAGUUCGUCUCAUCAGUGGGCCCCCAAGCGCUCCUUGUGUUCACCGAGUCAGGCAUUUUAAAAGCGCUAACUGGGAGUUUAUGUGCUCUCAGGGUUUUGGAAUUGCUCCGCAUGCAUAUCCUCUGGGGACAGUUUAGUGGAAAUCUUCAUUUAUAAUGAGAAAGGACUAUUCAUACGCUCAAAAUAUACCAGUGCGUCUGGAACUGUCGACGUUCUUUGCCGGUAAGGUUUUAAACAAUGCGCAUAUUCAAGUGAAGGCCGCAAUGGGAUGAAACUGCGUUAAGCUGUGAUAUACCAAUCAAGGCGUGCGGUGGGGCACACAGUGUUUCGAGCAUAUUCACACCCCCCCCCACAACCCUAUUCGUAAUCUGUCUGUACGGAGAGACAGGCGAAUGAGUUAUCGUCCAUUUUUAUGUAAAUAAACAUCCUGUCUUCCAGGACAAGGACAAGCAUCUACUCAGACACUGAUGCUUUUUUGUUCGGUCAGUUAAACCUAGCCUGUGCAAGCAUGUUUGUUUGCGUUUCCGCACGAGGUUGUUAGUCACGAGUAUAAUCAGCCUAACAGAUGGACGUUCGUCCAUUUCCGUGUAAGCCUGGUCGUGGCCCGAAAACGGGUUGUUGUUGCGCCAGGCCCACAUGGACGUUUUUUUAGACCAUGCUGCGUGUUAGUUGGGAUGCAUUGGAUCCGUGUUAGUUCUUAACUACUGUCAUAGUUGCGUGUGACAUGCUCUGGGCGGAGACUCACUCCCCUCCCCUCCCCUCGCUCUUACGGAACUCACUCGUUCCGCUGUGCCUUACGGGCUCUCUCUCUCCCGAGUCCAGCCAGCAGCCGCACAGCGGCGCAUGAUGUAGACAGAAUGUUAUUACCGACAAAGACAAGGGAGACUGGAAUUGCCAUUUCCGGCUUAUUAGCCGUCUUCAGCCAGUCAUACCCAACCCCAAGGUGUCCACCCGAUCGGAACCGACAGGACAACGGGCCUGUGGCUCUGUGGCUUGACGCGUCGGACCUCUAACUAAGAGGUCGCGGGAUCGAACCCCAGGUGUUUCACGCUACCGUUGGAAUCACAUUUUGGAAACUAGGCUACCGUUCCACGAGACAUGCCACCUGCCAUAUUUUGGGGUUGUUUGAUCUGCUUUGUUCCAUUUUGCUUGCCCUGCCAGUCUCCUCUUCUGUCCACUUCCCUCCGUAGACGUCCCUGUUUCCUCCCAGUGGGAUCCCAACGGCUACCACUACCCCAUACAGAUUGCUCAAUUCGGUCUGAACUACUUUAGUCAGCUGAAGCAUAUGCAGCGGACUACAACAAAGCCGUCGCCUGCCAGCUCGAGGCCGGAGUCCUUAGACAUCAUUGAUAUCAAGGCAGAGAUCAAACCGCGGCUGACCCGAUCGGCCAUAUGGAAGUGCUCACCCAGAGCACCGGGGAGCCCAUGUUUGUUUGGUGAGUUUCCUCUUGAUCACGCUUGGUCUUUAUGCCAUCAAUUGCUACUCAUGUAUUUUGGGUCUUUAUUUUUAUGUUUGGAUGGACAAAAUCCACACUGUGAGCCCACAACGAGCACAAUAUGCUGCCAGCUGAGGAAUCUUCAAUUUUAGAAAUCCCCGAACUUGUCAAGCGGACGGAAUAGUUCAUUUGCAGCAAACCAGACCUGCUAUAUUCGACUGCUUUUGACAGUCCGUCACUUUCAGUCUUAAGUGGUUCUUAACUGGGUCAGGUGUGGUUACGUAGCCCCACCUGAAAUAAACAAACCCCCGCCACCUGAAUUAUGGGACCGGUGGCAAUAGGGCUUUUUACAGGUGGGGCCAGGGAACACACAGGCGGCGAGGUUACGUAGUUAUAUGCAAAAAAAGGCGGCGAGGUCACGUAGUUAUAUGCAAAAGUUAUAUGCAAAAGUUAUAUGCAAAAGCGGCUAGAUCACAGUUGGUAGCCCGGAAUGGGGAGCGGACGGCGACCUUAGCCCUAAUCCCAACCUUAACCCUAACUUAAACCGUUACCGUUAACCCUAACGGCAACCCUAACCCUAGCCAAAAUCUUAAACGUAACCGUAGCCCUUAGACAUAGCCGUAACUGAGAAGCCUAACCGUAAUACUGGAACCUAUUCGUACGCUCAAACCCUAAACAUAACCCGAAAACCGAAGCCUAAAGGUGUAACCCUAACCGGAAAAUCGGAAACCAUUAACCGGUACACUAAUCCUAACCUCAAACGUAAAACGGAAGCCAAAUGUGUCCGAUGUGAUUAUGGGCGCCCACAAAAUAACCCCAGUUUGGAUGGACAAAAUCCACACUGUGAGCCCACAACGAGCACAAUAUGCUGCCAGCUGAGGAAUCUUCAAUUUUAGAAAUCCCCGAACUUGUCAAGCGGACGGAAUAGUUCAUUUGCAGCAAACCAGACCUGCUAUAUUCGACUGCUUUUGACAGUCCGUCACUUUCAGUCUUAAGUGGUUCUUAACUGGGUCAGGUGUGGUUACGUAGCCCCACCUGAAAUAAACAAACCCCCGCCACCUGAAUUAUGGGACCGGUGGCAAUAGGGCUUUUUAAAGGUGGGGCCAGGGAACACACAGGCGGCGAGGUUACGUAGUUAUAUGCAAAAAAAGGCGGCGAGGUCACGUAGUUAUAUGCAAAAGUUAUAUGCAAAAGUUAUAUGCAAAAGCGGCUAGAUCACAGUUGGUAGCCCGGAAUGGGGAGCGGACGGCGACCUUAGCCCUAAUCCCAACCUUAACCCUAACUUAAACCGUUACCGUUAACCCUAACGGCAACCCUAACCCUAGCCAAAAUCUUAAACGUAACCGUAGCCCUUAGACAUAGCCGUAACUGAGAAGCCUAACCGUAAUACUGGAACCUAUUCGUACGCUCAAACCCUAAACAUAACCCGAAAACCGAAGCCUAAAGGUGUAACCCUAACCGGAAAAUCGGAAACCAUUAACCGGUACACUAAUCCUAACCUCAAACGUAAAACGGAAGCCAAAUGUGUCCGAUGUGAUUAUGGGCGCCCACAAAAUAACCCCAGUAAACAACUGCAGCCCUAAGCCCUCACCCUGAAACAUCCAACGCAAAAGUUGGAAGGAAACGACAGACCGAAAGUCAAGCAGGACCACCGACAUUGGUAGACACGGCAGCGAAGAAACAAGGCCGCCAACAGAACACACACCGCAACACCAUGCCAACGUAAUCCCAUUAAAUCAAGAUGAUUAAGUAGGUCAACAGUGUUGUGUCCAUCAGGUGCGGCCACAUAACCACAUUUUACUCAGGGGUCUCACGGACGGCGAAGUUAGGCGCAAGCACUUAUCGUAGGAAGAGGGUUCACCGAUCGGGUUACGGGAUUUGCUUGUUCCAUCAUUCCUUGAGGCUUUUAGUGUGAAGCUCCUGCAGGCAAUCUGCUGAAUGGAGUUCCUACAAAAACAAAAGGGACUGGGGUGGCCGUUUCCGACCUAUGAGUCGUCAUCAGCCAGCCACACCCUUGUCACCCUCAUCAUCGCUCGUCAUUAUGCUGUAGCCCUGUCCGAUUUCAAAUGUGAACCCCCGAUCAGAGACCAACGGCUUGGACCGUUGGAAAACAGAAUAGGCACUUGACAUUGUAAAAAAACUAGACACAAGACACCCCUGGAGCCUAUAAAACCUAACUUAUUGUACACACGAGGCAGGAACUGUACCCGGUCUGCGAAACUGCUAAAAACGGAGCCAUGUCAAAGGAGGCUACUUGCGGUAAAGAAGGCUAUUCACGUGUCUCUUGCCGUACGCUGAAGCAUUUCCUUAUUGGCAUUCUCUUGAUGUCACCCUGCAGGAAAGGUGGUAUUGAAGCAGAGACCACUCUUGGAAUGCUCUUGCAUCCUAGGUCAGGAAGGAGACUUGUGUGAAAUGGCGCAGGAGAGAGUGCCGACAAAGACAAGAUGGACUGGGGUGCUUAUUUCUGGCCUAUUAGCUGUCGUCGGUUAGCUGUAUCCAAUGCCAUUGCGCUGAACCUGACGCUCAUUCUGGGUUCGGAUCCCGGAUUAUCCGGACUUGUGUUCGGAUGUGACUGACUGACGACGACUAAUAGGCCAGAAAUAACCACCCCACUCCAUCUUGUCUUUGCCGGUGAUUCCCCCUGCGUCAUUUUCCAUAUGUCCCCUUACUGAUCUGGGGUGCGAAUGCAUUCUCAGAGUGUUCUCUGCUUCAAUACCACAUUUCCUGCAGGGUGAGGUCCAGAGGAUGGCCGAGUAAGAAAACGUUUCGGCGUACGGUGAGAGAUGUGAAUAACCUUUCUUGCUGCAAAUAACCCCCUUUCGACGUGGCUCUGUUUUUAGCAGUUUCGCAGACCGCGUACAUUUCCUGCUUCGCGCGUGCAAGUAGUUAGGCCUCGUUUUCUCUACAAUUCCGAGUGACCAUCCUGUUUCCUGACAGCCUAGGCCGUUGGUCUUUCGUUACGAUGACGUCGACCUCUCUCCUUAUGCUCGUAUGACCCCUCUACCGCUUAUCUUCCCGAUCGACACUCCUUCCGGCAUGAUAGCUGAGCACUAUGCAGCUGCCUGCAAGGACCAUAUUUUAAACCCCAAGAUACCGCGGAACUCCAUUGGUGAACAUCCCUCCUACGACAUAUGAAAUGACUCUUAACUCUUAAAGCUACUGAUCACCGGGAAGAGUUGAUAAGGCCUGAGUAGGUGGUAACGCGGACAGUUUACUUUGUCCGUACGAGAAACGCAAUCCCAACCAAUAUACGGUUACUGGAGGUCAAAACCCACUAAACCUCUCGGUCACAGUCACAUUCGAGAUCGCAGCCAAUGGAAAUUUUUCCAACAAUGAACAGAGGAAGUCAACUAGCUCACUACAACGCACGGUGCGAUGGAUAAAACUGUGAGUCCAUUCCCGCUGCCUCUCUCCCCCCCCCGUUUACCAGUUGCAUCCCUCGAUGUCGCAUAGACUUCCUCCCCCCAUCCCGCACGGACAAAUAACAACAGGAGAGUACGCCAACUAACCUACCCGCAAGAGGUCUGGUGAUCAAACCUGGGGCACAGUGGCCGGAACGUCCGAUGUAGCAGCUGUGAAACAUAAUUUCACGUGCACGUCUACCCACUACCUUGUGUUAUGCUUUGUCGUAUUCCACCAGAACUCCAUUCCUAAACCUGUCCCACGGGCUCAACGUUCGUCAACACUUAAUAUCUUUCCGAUGUGGUCUUCUCUAAGGACGACAGUUCGGCCAUCGCGAGCGAUACGGGUGUACCGCACGCUCCACGAAGUGGACGCGUCACCGGCGACAUGUGCACGGAUUAGUUGUUAUUGGGGCAGAGUUGCGAAGCACAUAGCGCACUCCUUCCGCCCCUCUCUCCCCUAAACCACCAUGUACCGAUGAAGGGCCAAAAUCAAGAUCACCGGAGGCGGAUGCGGGCGCAGUGGACAACAAAUUUAAGCAAUUUCUCUACGCGGGCCGCACAUAGCGUGGUCCCCACUACGUGUGGCCGGUUGCAAUAAGGGCGGCUGGGGUUUCACAUUGAGAAGGAGCUAUUGUAGCCUGGAUCUCAGUUCUUCAGUCACCCCCAAAGUGCUCACGAUGUGGACCAAGUUUUCCCUCUCAAUCCUGAAAAGGACUGAGUUAUCCCGUCAGUUUAGUAGCCCUCCAAGGCACGACUCAGCGCGAAGUGGUAGAUUCAAGCGCUUGCAGCUUUAUCACAUUGAUAAGCUGGCUGAUCUGCCGUGGAGAUAGAUUCCCCAGUUUCAACCUUACUCCCUUUUUCCUCGCUUAUACACCAGUCCAAGCCUCUCAACCCAUGGGCGGUAGGAUUGGGCGUAGCGACUAACGCGUCGUGAAAGUGUAACUCAUGGGGUGCGCUAUACGCACUUACGGCAUUUCGUGAGAGCUAGUUCCGCAAGGGGGCUCUACAGUCGCCUCCAUGUUCGCAAAUGAACAGCUGGUCUGCACAUUUUGUCCCGUCUGUAAAGUUGGCAACCGGCGAAACCUAUGCCCACCUCCAUCGCGAGUCCGAUUUCCCAUACGCCCCUUUAACUGCUAACUGUGGGAAUACUGUCAUGUAGCUGAAUGAGAACACGAAUAGUCUGUACUGAUUGAAGACCUCUAAUCUAGGUUCUUUCUCCUGUCUAUUCGGUCAAUUUACGCAACCGCAAAUUGCGUCCUUUGGGGUGGCGCAUCAUACGGGCUUCCAUUUCCAAAUCCUCCUCAACACAUACAUCCUAGAAUUAAACUAGAAGUGAGUUUAGAUCCUUCGGAAGUGGAUGAUGAGUGCGCAGGAAUUUCUGAUUUUUUAGCGGUAGACUUCUUUCGUCGUCCCACCACCCGGUGUGUCGGAUGAAAAUUUUUAAUUAAGAGUCGGGUACACCUUCAUGUCAUUUCUCCAUGUUUCUCUCGGAAUAAUUCAAAUUACUGAUACAAAAUGAGUAGUACUGUCGUGGUACAUAAGGAUUACUUGUCUUUUGACUGGCCUAUGGGCAGGGAGAAUCUGCUCUGACGGCGGCGCGAUGCUGCAGGACAGCGGCUUCCAAACUUUUUAUCACUGGACCGUGAUUUCAAAAUGAAUAUUUCCCGCGUCGCAUUGAAUUUUCUUCGGAUAAUAAUUACCUUCAUAAACUAGCCAACUACACUUAACAGCACUUUUUUCCUGACAUGGACACUAUAGCCCGGUAAUAAUGUAAUGCGAUAUGCUGAAAGUGUACGACAGUGCAACCCCAGUAAAGCAUGAGUGAGGUUACCUUUGUCAUGUUAUCUCUCCUUCGGUCAUGUUUUAUAUUAAUGAGCUCCAGUCUAUUCAUCCACGUAAGGAGACCUUUUUCUUUUCUGGCCUUGGAUUUUUGCCAAAAUUCAGAAUCCCUGCUGAUGACUAAAGAAGGAUAAGUGAUACUGUUGAAGAGGAUGCAUGGGCAGUGUUAAAGCUGUGUAUUCAAGGAGUCCAGUGAAUUAUACCUAUGUCACGCUAAUACAGACCACAUCCUCGACCCCCAUCUAAUUUCAUCCAAGCAAUUUAGAUUCCCAAGUGAAUCUCAAACCCAAUCAGCCGUUUUUGUCUACAACAGUGAAAAGUGCUGACUAGUCUUUCCCGCCUGUGUCGUCUCUGGAGCUUCCGGCCACAUUGCAAGGUUCACUGUCCUGAGAAUUUGAACUGGGCUCAUGUCUCGUGCUGUUUCCUUGUCUGCAGACCAAUCACAUGAAGAUGAGGCCAUUGCCGCUGGCACUAUUACCUUCGACCUCUCCCCUUAUGCACGUAUGGCCCCUCCGCCGUAUCUCUUCCUGAACGGUACCGCCUGGCGGGCUAACUCUAGUCUCAUCUUCCGACUCACUCUACUUCCCUCGGGUUCCUGGGACACACCUGUCAGCGCGGAACUGCAGUACACCUGCUCCGCGCAUUUUGAAGGCAGUACCUUCUUCGUAAGUCUGCCUUCUUAAGCGUUUUUAUAUUUAAAUUGCUACUUUGUUUGAAUGAGUAGCACUUAUAUUGCUUUUAUCUCUGGUCUGCCUCUUGUGUGCUUGCAGUCUAACAAGUGGUGGGCAGUCGGCUACACAGAUGAUGCCGCCCUCAAGGUCAUCUACUUCCUGCCCUCUUGCGCCUCCCCGGCAUCCGGCACCGGAGGCCAAGUGCUUCUCGCGAGGAACCUGCAAGAGGACGUGGUGAAGGCAAUCAGAGCUCUGCAGCGACUGCAUGAUUCGAGUCCGCGUCGCAGACUUUUGCUUCACCUGGCUGACGGGUUCACCGCGUAAGUUCUCGUAAAUUGUCGACUCGGCUACACUACGAGUCGCUCAAGGCUUUUGGCCUGCUACCUGAUGUGAGCCUUAAUGAGUCAUCAGUUUCUAUGUACCACAUUUGAGUCCUGGCUCAGAGGGUGGGGCCAGUUGGCUAAUUGUGGCAUCUACGUGCUUUCAGAUUCAUGUAGGAGGGGCCUCCGCCCGCAUUGCUUGAUUGCACGAUUGAAUGCUGGUGUCCCUUCUUAUUCUAGGCUUGUUUGAUUCUGGCAGGACUGAUUCUCUUAAGUGGUUCAUGGUUCAGGGGCAUCGAUGGACCUCCCUCGCGGCCAGCUUGACUCCGGCAGGACACUUGCACACUGAUCCAUUGCUUGGUUCCUCGCUGCAAAUGAACCAACGCAAUUUCGAACUGUCACGACGCUGUUAUAGUUGCGUCCGUAAAGUAGCGACGCGUGCCGACACGCCAGCCACCAUCCGCCUGGUUCAGAUUCUUCACCAACCAGUCGGGAAGAGACGAUAAAGUGAGUCUCUUUGAGUGCAGUAGUGGGAGUUCUCCCUAUGUCGCCUUCACCUAUGUCAGACUCGAGCCAUCCGCCCCCUUUUUGUAAAACUCGUGUGGGGCACACGUGGGCGGGUCGAUGUAGAUCUGUCAGCCACUGCGGCUAAGCCCCCCUCUGGUUUUCUUGACAUUGUCUUGUCAUCGGAGUCUGCUGGUCAUAGGAUGAGUGAGUGCGACAGAUGCUGCGCAAGUCUAUUUCACUGUAGAAUAAUACACACUCAAGUCAUCAGUGCCGACCCUGUCAUGUAGGGCAUAAGGUGCAGAUCGUCGCACGCGACUAUCGAACGCCUACUCACUCACCACCAAUCAUAGCAUGCGGCAGUGUACACAGUCGUAUAGCCUGCCUUCUAGUCUUCGGGGACUGCACUCCAUCAAAGCCGUUGUAGAGCACCAAAAAUUGGAUAGCAAUGCCUCAUGACACUUUAAGUAGUAUAAGGCCUGUGUGAUUAAAUAUUUUAGUGUCAAAAGUGGUUCAUGGUCAUCAGCGGUUGAGCACCUGUUUUCCUUAGUCCGCAACCUCCAAACAAAAAACGAGUACUCCGUUCGAACUCUCGACCCCGCCAAUCGAAUCCGCCAACGCGACCAAUGGUUUUAACGGCGCACGUGGGAUAAGCCCCGCGGGGCUGAAGUAAGCAAUUUGUUUAUCUGGAUUGAAUUUUGAAAAGACAACCAAAACCUAAACCCUUUAACCUCUGCACAUUAAUAAAUACUUUUGUUGGCCGCGUACCCGCGUGAAUUCUACGACAGUCUCACUAGGACACGACACAGCCAUACAGCAUAGCCUGCGAUGAAAGUCCACAUUUCUCACUAGUUACCUGAUCUGGUAUCAGCUGGUGGAAAGUGUCUGGUUUAUAUUUUUACCAGGACCGAUUUGUUGAGAAGCGGACGCUGUACAGUUCUGUGGUGCGCAUUACUGUUCGAGAGCUACCUAAAACAUCGGAAAUUUGACUUUGGCUGGAGCCGUUACGGAGAUAUCCCAGUUGAGCAUUGCAUAUUCCCAUUUAUCAAUCACAUAACGCUUGCAUUCUUGUGUUUGCUUCUUUGGACCCCAGAGGGGGCUGCACUGCAGAUGUAUCGAGUCAAAACAGCAAUCGGAAUGGCUCGCGGAAGACGUCUAUUUGGCCGCGCAGAGUCCGCUCAAGCUCAUAACUACUGUCGUACAGGUGUCUGUAUUUGAACAUCACACCGCGCCAGCCAUGGUGCCCGAUCCCAUCACCAGUUGACUGACAGGCUCGGGCAGUGAACUGGAGUAUUGGGGGUGGCGGGAAGGGAGACUGAGACCGACACUGGGAAUUUCAUAGGGAGUGUAGCGCACUGACUAAAGGACUAAUAGUCAAAUUGCAAUAGCUCCUCAAUGUGGCCUUCAGGACAUUUUUACGCGCGCGGCAUCCGACCUGCCCUUGCCGUAGCCUGGAACAUGUAGUGGGAACCAGGUCGUUCGUGGGACGCGUAGGCGAGCCGCUGCGCCCGAGACCACCUGCGGUCGUCAUGGCAUUGUCCUGACAUCAGAUCAAAAUAGACGGUGGAAGACGGAGUGUGGCAGAUGCUACGCAAGUCAGGGCGCACUCUGGGAACCACAUGGUGGAGGUCGUCGUUUAUCACGGUAUCAAUUUCCUCACAAUGGGCGAACUGCGUCCCUUAAAACCAUAAAACAACCGUUUGGAUAUUUUUAGUCGCAGGUAAGGGCCACUGGAGUGGCAACUCCUGGCUUUAAAAGAACUGCCCCGGGGUUCAAACCUCAAUCCUCCUCCGACUGAGGUUGUACGCUGGCUGUUUGGUAAGAACAGUUAGGCAAGGACUGACCCACAACCACUUUCUUGUUGCCUGCGAGGGUAGACUCUGCGGAUGUUUUUUUUAGUCCAGCUUACUGCUGCUGUUUCCUUUCAGUCUCACACUCAAGUCCGCCCUCUUGACUGCCACUGGCGGUUCCAUCUCUGAUUUCCUCCUCUUCUCCGGCGACUCCGCAAGCCAGGGGUCGGUCCGCCGACAGGAAGCCCUCCGUCGCUUCCUCGAAACCCGCUUCCUCGCCGCUUCCGACUGGUUGGUGAAGAAUCAGAACCAGGCGGAUGGUGGCUGGCGCGUCGGCACACGUCGCUACUUUACGGACGAGCUUGUACUCCAGCCCGGUUGGUGUUCAGCAAUGGGCCAAGGUACUGCACUUUAUCCUUUCCCUGCUUUGUUUGUCUCAUCUAAGUCACCCGAGAGCACCUGAAUUCCAUCAUUUUUCGAUGCUUGCGCAAACUCUGCUGUCCUACCCAUAUUGCAUCAGAGAAAAUGCUAUUUCGGUAAGAUGCGGUUUUAUAUCCCCACCUGAUGGACACAAUACCGUUGGGUUUGGAGUUAGGGGUUAGGAAAACUAUUUCUCAACCACCCAAAGUACAACGGCGCAUUCCUUUCCAGAUUUGAUCCAUAAAUUAAGAUGAGUACUUGAUCGGAAGCCCAUAUGUUUCCGCAAACUAACCGCUUAAUUUUCAUAAGCUGCCAACUGGUUGAUGCACAAGUGCUAAGCAAAGGCCUAGGCACGUGUUUUGCCGAUUUUGGGUUAUUGCGUGGCGCAAAUGCGAGGGCCUCACCUCCUUACUUUGGUCCGAAGGAAGAUUAAGGAGUUUAACAUUGAGAGGGCGCUUCAGGCUCAUGGUCUGCUUUCCCAUCAUGAGGGAGACCAUACGAGCAGUCGCUUUCCGAGUUUGGCUUUUUCGUUAAACUGGGAUAUUGUUACCCCUCAGAAGGAUACCUGUUGAAAUGAACCAAAAGUGGCAACCUUGGUUCGUGAGCUGUAGCCCGCCUACGUGAGGCCUUGCAGCUCACGUAGGCUCAGCCUCUCAAGCCACGACAGGCACUUCACCCUACCGCAUUGCCAGUUGGCACGAAAGUCGACCCGCACGCUUGUCUUCUGGGUAGUUCGACCUACCUUGCUCUGAUGGCAGGACAGAGUCAAGACAAAGUAAGCGGGCGCAGCAACUGACAGGGUUAAGCUGUUUGUAUACAGUAUAUUUUGGGGUAGUAGGCAAUGGUCAUGAUGACACUGUUGUAAACGGUGCGUUCAAUAUAAUGUUAAAUGCACACCGUACUGACAUUUUGCCAGUAACAUUAGUUUACGGAAAAGGUUUUUACGGUGCUGGACUGCGAAGGGUGCGGCAGGCGGUCUUUUCCAUGUAUGUAUGAAAUUUUAAGUGCAAUUAUAUACAGUGCAGCCAUUUUCGUAGUCUACGAGGUAAAAUUCCAUGCUCUGUUCGUCAACGCGUGCCGCACAUGACCUGGUCCCCACUGCAUGUGCCGGAACAUCUGUAUUACCGGGGAGGUGGGAGAGCUGGUUCCCAUUCCCGUGUCUUAUCUCUUACGCUUGAAGGUCUCAAUUCGUUGUCAUGCAGCUAAGUAACUCUAGUCUACGUUUGGCGUCUCUUGUGCCCAUAACUUUCCAUAAUCAAGAAACUGCUCAUUUUCCUACUGUUGCUCCCCCUUGAUGUCUGCAUUGCCUUUAUUGUCAUUAUCGAUCUGCAUGCAGGUCAGGCGAUUUCUCUGUUGGUUCGCGUUUUCCAUUACACUCGAGAUCAUCGGUAUCUGCACUGCGCUGUGCAGGCACUGGCCCCCUUCAUGCGACCAAUUGUAGCCGGUUCAGACGGCCAUCCCGGUGCUUGCUCUGUUCGAACCCAUUUCCUCGACCAGCCCGGCCUGCCCUGGUUCGAGGAAUACCCCAUACUGCCGAGUGUUUUUGUCCUCAACGGAUUCAUCUACUCCCUGAUUGGUCUGUUUGAUCUGGCUCACGUGAGUUUUUGUCAACAUUAUCAUGCUGGAGUGGCAACGGUCUAGAGAAGGACUCCACUUAACUGUCAGUAGACUGUGGAUCGUGUCAUAUGAGGUGUUAUCUUGGCAUACAUUUGCAGGCUAUUGCUGAAAUUACACUGGCAAUAACUGCCACGACCUCACGCCUUAACUCAAAAUCCGUUAUUUUAUGAAAUUUACUUUUUGUUUAUUGUUUAAUUAGUACUCUCAUUUCCGUUGUUGCACAAUAGCGUAGGAUAAGACUUUCAACGUAUAUUCAGGCAGUUUUUGUGUUUUUUUUUUUCAUUUUGUCAGCCUACUGUCUAGCGUGCUGCCCCACCCAUAAAACCCCCUUUACCCUAAAUCACGUAUGGCACGAUCUAUCGUCUACUGACCGUUAAGUGGGGUCCUUCUCUAUACCGUUGCUAUUGGACUUUCUGCCGAUGCAAUGGGUAAAGAGGCUCACUGUGCCCAACCCUCCCUCAUUUGCUCGUUUUGCAGAAGAACAGCGGAUGUAUGUCUUCCUUUUUUUACCAGACCAGAGACUCGUUCGCACUAGACUGUGAGAUGAAAGCUUCGCAUACCUUCGAGGCACAAACGCUUCCUCACCUUUCGCAUAGAACUACCGAAAGAUGGGUUAUCGAUGUGGGUGGGAAACCGCAAACCAGAUUAGGUUGUCCCAAUUUUAAAAAUCUUUUCGCCGAGGGGUUUACUCAUAGUGACACUGGUGGCUGACGUUACAAUUUCUGACGUACCUUCUCUCCGUUGCCCUGCCGACCCCAUGGCGGGAAGUCUCGAGAUUCGGAUCUUGGUCCAGUUAGCUUGAAGUCCUGGGCUCCAACUCUGUCGACGUCAAUGGAGAAUGUUCACGGUUACGUGAAGGCUACAUUCACCCAGCUAGUUUGCUUAACGGACGGAAUACUAGUAUGCCCCUUUGAAUUAGGACCGUCAUUUAGGUUCUUUACAGGUGGCCACACAUUGACGAAUACUCAGGACGUCUUGCCAUUGUAAAUAAGCCUAACCUUAAUUACCAUUCUUGGCUUCUUUCCCGUUUGCACCCGAAGCCAUUUAUAAACCCGGGAUGUCAAAUUCACGAAACUCAGUUAAUGGGACAGUUUCUGUCCCACGCAGAAGAAGGUAUUUUAGACGGCUGGAUUGCAAAACCUCGUAAUGUGUUUGUCUGGCCAGUCCAGUAGCGUACUAUCGCUGUCUCCACGAUCGAAUGCGGUUCGUUUCAAGGACUUUACCGUCGCAUGCGGGCGACUUUCACUUAUUCAUCCCAACUGCAGGACGCAGUACGAGUGAUUCUCGGUCCAAACCUUAGGUCUACUGACCUGGAGUUUGGUAUGUCGACAAGGCAUGGGGGUAGGAACCCCUCGUGAUGUAGGUAGUCUUGCACUAGAUUCCAGGACGAGUAUAUAUUCCCGUGUCCCUGCCUAACACCAACCCGAAACUCAACCCAGCCUAAUCUCCCUAGAAUUCCUCACAAGGCCACGAGGAAGUUCCUAUCCCCGCGUCCCACUACUAUGACUGGCAAAUAAGGGCAGACGGUCGUUCCACUUCUCUCGUCUUUUGCAGUAAAAUUUGUCGAUUUUCUAGUGUCUCUCAGUGGGAAUGUUGUCUUUUGAACCGUGUAGACUUCCCUAGAAGACACGCUGCCCGAUCACGAGGAGUUAUCCAAAAACAUCGGCAAGUCGGAGAUCCUCUUCAACGAGGGCCUCAACACCCUGGUGCACGUUCUGCCCCUGUUCGAUAGCGGCAGUGGCUCCUUCUAUGACCUACGCCACUUGAACCUGGCCCACAGUCUCAACCGUGCGACCCGAGCCCUCCGGCCUCCGUUGUCGAGCCUGGUGGAGAGUCAUUCCCUCGACUACCUGCAGGACUUGGCCAGCCUCCUUCAGUCGGGACCCAAUCGGGCUCGUUGGCAGUACCACUUUGUGCACUUGCGUCAGCUGAAGACGCUUGCCAAGUUGGAUCCGCAACACGCGGACCUCUGGGAGCAGACCUUUCGACGAUGGAUGGCCUACGCCCGCGGCUUUCGUUCCCUGCAUAAUUAG